CGCUUCGGUACACGGCCGCAGCACUCGGAGCAAAGCAGCAUCACGUUGGUUCAUCUGAUCGCUGAUCUCAAACAGCCGUCGUCAUGGCAGCAGGAGCAGUGUCUGCUCCGCUCAUCAUUCCCAUCAUCCACCUGCAGACACACAGAGCCAAGAACCUGGUGGACACCAACACACCUGUCUCCAUGCAGUCAGAUACUCCAGAUGUUCAGAUCUUCUUCACUCUGGACGGGUCCAAGCCGGCGCCGGGGCAGCGGGGGGGGCCAGCGGGCAGCAGCAGGAAGUACAGCGCGCCCGUCCUGCUGCCCGCUGGCCGCGUGGCGCUCAGAGCUGUAGCCGUCACCAGUGAUGGCAGAGAGAGCUCCACUGUCACCAAGGUUUUCUCCGUUGAACUGGUGGAGCCCAAUGACAGGAAGGAGAACGAGGACCAGCAGGUUCAGCAGGUUCAGCCUCCAUCUUCUGCUGGCUCGUCACUCAGGCCUCCAGAGCCGAGGAUGAUGGGAAACUCUUCUCCUCGAUCGGCGCCUCGUUUCCUGAACCGUCGACUCGGCUCUCCGACCGGACCCCAACAGACCGGAUCCCCCCCCCGUCUCCAGGCAGCGAGUCCAGCUGUGUUGAAGCAGCUGAACGGCACGCCGGCGUCCCGAAUCCACCGAGAGACCGACUUCCUGCGGUGUGCUCAGUGUUUGAGUUUCCGUCCGUCGGAUCCUUUUGCUCGGUUCUGUGCUCAGUGUGGCGCUGCAGUUCCUCCGGUACCUGAGCAGAGACUGCCCCCUGCUGAGAGAGGACAGACGGUGUUCUGUGUGUUCUGUAACGCUCUGGUUCCUGCCAACACUCGGACCUGUUUGAUCUGUGAAGCCUCCGUCCAGCCUCAGUUACAACCUCAGGCCAGCCUCAAACUGCAGGACCAUGUGUUGUGUGUUUGCUGUGGAACCGGGAAUCCAGCUCACAUCUCCAGCUGUUUGACCUGCGAGAGCCGCCUGCAGCCGGUGGUGUGUGUUGGGACCAGCCCCCCCUCUGUCCGGCCAGCAGACAGCAGGAUGCUGACCUGCUCCAGAUGUAAACGUUUAAACCGCGGUGAUGCCAGAUACUGCGACUGGUGCGGCUCAAAGCCCGGGCACGCAGCCAGCUGUGUGGUUUGUCGGCGCUGCGGAGCGAGUGGACACCCGUACGCCUUCUACUGCGCAGCCUGCGGCGUCUUCCAGGAAGCCCCGCCUACUUCCUGCAGUGACAUCACACCACCAGUCUGGGGCGCCGCCACAAAGCAGGCUUCAGCACCAACUUCCCAUGAUGCCACCUGGCAGGCCGUGCCCGUCUCUGGUCCCGCUUCUAACGCUAAGUUAGCCACCACCGAGCAGGCCACGCAGACCGUUGGACUCUAUUACCCAUCAGCCACUGAGCUGCGGAGGAAGGAGCAACAACAACUCAACAGCCAGCAGGUGACCAGAGAGCGCCAGCCGCUGCUGACCGCCAUCAGCCCCGGCAGAGUGGGUUUGUCUGUGUUUCUGACAGGAAGUGAUCGUUCCACAGCUCUGAUGAAACAUCCCAAACCAAACCUGACACCCAAACCUCCGGUGAAAGACGUGCAGCUGCUGGCGGAGCUCGGUCCUGGUCGGGGUCAGAUCAGUGUCGUGCAGCAGCUCCUGGAUCAGGGGGCAGACCCUUCCUGCUGCACCGGCGACGGCCGACACGCUCUGGCGGUUGCCGUGGUGAACGGUCACCAUGAUGCACUUCCUGUCUUAGUGCAGCGAGGUGCCGAUGUCGACCAGCAGUCUGGACCGAUGAAGAACACAGCUCUGCAUGAUGCUGCAGCUCUGGGAUCUGAAGGUCUACAGUGUGCUCGGGUCCUGCUCAGCUGUCAGGCCGGUGUGCGGCGGAGGAACGCUGGUGGGCAGACUGCGUACGACGUGGCGGUGAACUCCGGCUGCAACGACAUGGUGUCUCUGCUGGCUGCUCAGACCGGACUGGACUUACUGGGAAAACUGGGAAAACUCAAACUGAACCUGGACGUUUUCUGACAUCUGCCUUCACUGGUUUGGAUCUGAAACGUCCAGAUGUUGUUAUAAACACUUUUGAGAUUAUUAAAUAAAAAGUUGUCGUUAAA